UGAAGCCUGUGGAGACACAACUUUGACAAGUGCGGCGCGAUUUAUUUACCACACACACAUGGAAUAAAAGCCAAGAUGGAGAACUUCGGGAGGAAUAUACUUUUCAUUAUGUUUGUCAUAACUGACAGAAUCUGCUACUCACAGUCCUUCAACGUUGGCACUGCAGAUGCCAAGAUCUUCGGUGGACCAGCAGGGGAAGAGUUUGGUUACACCAUCCAGCAAAUGACCAAUCAUCAAGGCAAAUGGCUUGUGGUCGGUGCUCCCUGGAGUGGUUUCAGUUCAAACAGGAAAGGGGAUGUUUACAAGUGUCCCGUCUCAGGGUCCCAGAACAGCUGUGACAAGCUCAGUCUUCAGGAUUCUGUCAGUAUUCCUGAUGUGAGAAACAUCAACGUGAACAUGAGUCUUGGUAUGACUCUCACACGGAUGCCCUCAAUCAGUGGUUUGAUGACGUGUGGUCCUCUUUGGGCACAGCAGUGCGGAAGUCAGGACUACUACCCAGGAGUGUGUGCAGGAAUCAGCCCCUUCUUCACCCCUGAACCUGCCUUCUCCCCCGCCGUCCAGAAAUGCGGAGGACCGAUGGACAUUGUGAUAGUUUUGGACGGCUCCAACAGCAUUUAUCCUUGGGGUCCGAUGACUGACUUCCUCCAGAAACUAAUACCUGCACUAGACAUCGGGCCUGAAAACACGCAGGUCAGCGUCAUUCAGUAUGGAGUUUAUCCCAAGUUUGAAUUCAGACUAAAUGAAUUUAAAACCAAAGAGGAAGUGAUUGCUGCAGCCUCUGUGAUCUCACAAAUGUAUGGUUCUUCCACCAACACCUUCCGUGCAAUAGAGUAUGCCAGCGAGCAAGGCUUCAGUCAGAGUAAUGGUGGUCGUAAAGGUGCCGCCAAGGUGAUGGUGGUUGUGACAGAUGGGGAGUCACAUGAUGUGGACAAGAGGGACUCAGUCAUUGAAGAAUGUCAGAGACAAGGAAUCACCCGCUUUGGUAUUGCUGUCCUGGGUUACUACAUCAGAAACAACAUUGACACUAAAAACCUAAUAAAGGAAAUCAAGUCCAUUGCCAGUUCGCCUGUCGAGAAGCACUUCUUCAACGUGUCUGAAGAGGCUGCCCUUUCCACAAUCGUUGGAACACUGGGGAACCGCAUCUUCAACAUUGAAGGCACCGGGAAAGGGGGCGAAAACUUUCAGAUGGAGAUGUCCCAGGUGGGAUUCAGUGCUCACUACGCCAGCAAACAGAACGUGAUGAUGCUCGGGGCGGUGGGGGCUUACGCGUGGAGCGGGACUGUCGUUCACCAAACAGGAUCCAAAGCAGACAUCCUCCCUUCCUCUGCAUUUGAGGGAACCCUUCAAGACAGAAACCACAGCUCAUUACUGGGUUACUCGGUCACCUCACUGAGCGAUGGCUCCAGAGAAUAUUUUGUGGCUGGUGCACCUCGCUCCAACCACUCUGGACAGGUGGUCGUCUACACCAUCAACGCCCAGAAACAGUUCAAGAUUAUAGACUCAGAAAGAGGAAGACAGAUCGGCUCGUACUUCGGCAGUGUCCUGUGCUCCCUGGACGUCGACAGAGACGGGGUGUCGGACCUCCUGCUGGUCGGAGCGCCCAUGUUCAUGAGCGAGCUGAAGAAAGAGCAGGGCAGGGUCUUCCUCUUCUCCAUCACCAAGGGGAUCCUGAAUGAGCAGGGCUUCCUCAGUGGGCCUUCCCCAGCGGAGAACGCCCGUUUUGGAAUGGCCAUCUCCGCGGUGCCCGACCUCGACCUUGACGGUUUCAAUGAUGUGGUCGUUGGAGCCCCACUAGAGGAUCAGGAGAGGGGGGUCAUUUACAUCUACAAUGGAGAAAAGAAGACAUUACACAAACAGUUCUCACAGAGAAUCCUUGGCUCCAAGCUGGACCCUAAUGUGCAGUUUUUUGGAAGGUCCCUUGACAGCUAUGUAGACCUGAAUGGCGAUACCAUCCCUGACAUCUCAGUCGGGGCGCAUGGUAAAGUGGUGCAGCUCUGGUCCCGUGGUCUGGCUACCAUCACAGCUAAAGCUUCCUUCACCCCUGAUAAAAUCAGCAUUUUGAACAAGGCUUGUGUGAUUAAUGGACGUAAGUUCUCCUGUUUCAACACCAGACUCUGCUUCAGUGCCACGUUCAGGCCCAAGAAUCCCGUCGGACCCGUUGACAUAUCCUACAACCUGACCCUGGACGCUGAUUUGCAGGCCUCUCGAGUGACGUCUCGAGGACUGUUCAGUAGCAACAAUGACCGCUUCCUCUCUGGAAAUGAACGAAUAUCGUCUAAGCCUGUGUGUCAAGACUACCAAGUCCAUGUUCAGGAGGCACCAGACUUUGUCAACUCCAUCAGUCUGAAGGUCAGCAUCGGCCUGCAGAAUCCAGAUGCAAACCCGGUCCUCGAUGCCUUUUCUCCGAAUUCCUGGGAGUUCUUUGUCCCCUUCUCUAAAGACUGUGGCUCUGACGAGGUGUGUGUGAGUGACCUGGUGCUGGCAGCGAAGACGGUAUCAGACGUGCCCAGCUCAGGUCCCGUUCUGGUCAACAACAACAACCAGGAGCUGUCGUUUGAAGUGGCUGUGAAGAACAACAAGGAGAACGCUUACAACACUCAGCUGCUGAUCUCGCACUCCAGCAACCUCUUUUAUGCCUCCAUCAAACCUCCUAUGGACGGUACAACAGUCAAAUGCGCCUCUACACAGAAAACACAUGUUACCUGCCAAGUGGGAUACCCGGCUUUAAAAAAAGACCAAGAGGUGAAAUUCGGGAUCAAUUUUGACUACAACUUUGCUCAGUUGCAAAAUCGAGCUGAGGUGAACUUUGAGGCGCAAAGUGAUGGUAAAGAGGACAGACCUGCAGACAACAAAGUGAGCAUAUCCAUUCCUGUCAGAUAUGAUGCCGAGGUCGUUAUAUCCAGGCAUUCAAAUACCAAUUACUUUGUGGCAAAUAAAACCGAUCCAGUGGUCACGAUGGUGAAAACCCUAGAUGACAUUGGGAAAGAGUUUAACUUCUCCCUGAAGAUUUCAACAGGUAACUUCCCCGUCAGCCUCCUGUACCUGACCAUAGCUCUACCUAUGACCACCAAAGCUGGAAAUCCGCUGCUCUAUGUCACCGGUUUGGACACACAAGCGGGAGGCUCAGUAAGCUGUGACUCCAGCAGCCUGGUUGACCCGCUGAAGAUUGGCACGAAGCCCUACAAAGCGUCCUUCACUGAAGAGAGCCUCAGAGGCAUAAAGAAGCUGGACUGUGACAGUGCUAAGUGCCACUAUGUUAAAUGUAAUCUCAAAGACAUUGAACUAAAGAGUGACUACUUUGUGAACAUUACAACGAGGAUAUGGAGCGGCACAUUUGCUGUGGCCACCUAUCAGACCAUUGAGCUGACCUGCAGCGCUGACAUCGAGAGCUCCCAGCCUGAUCUACUCGUCAUUGGCCACAAGCAGUUACCGGUGGUGGUGACAGUCAGUAAGCUUGGAGAGACGGCGGAUGUGCCAGUGGGGGUGAUAGUGGGCAGCAUAAUAGGAGGGCUGCUGCUGCUGGCACUGGCUGUCGGACUACUGUGGAAGUUUGGCUUUUUCAAAAGAAAGUACAAGCAGCUUCAGGGCGAUGGCGGCGAAGACAACUCACCUGACGACGGUGUGCUGUGAACUGAGGAGAGGACUUCCAGCUUUCUCUCUGUGACGGAUGUUAUCAAAGUGGAUUCUGCCAUUUCCAGUUUGCAAACUGAGAAUGGACAGUAGCUCAAUCACUGGGAUUGGGCAUUUUAGUAAAAUGGGAACAGUUUUCCAUAGCAGCAGUGUUGACCUCUGACUCUGGUCAGCAUCCUGCAGGUUGAGGAUAAUCUUCUGUUGAAUUUACAGAGGACUGUGGUACGUCUUAACUUUUGUCUUCUGGAUUGUACAUUGAGAGACGGCUGUUAUGCACUGAAUUUGAAUAAAUGUAAAAAUGUUUUUUUUUUUUUCAGUAUGCCAAAAAAUACCUUAACAUUUGUUUGGCCAUGGUUUGAUAUUACUGUAACAAUUUUGGUGCAGAUGUUGCCAUCCCUAGUAUGACAUUCUCAAACAACUUUUUGUAUUGACCAUGUAUAAUGACAUGGUAGGCAGAACAAGGAUGGAAUUUUAUGAUCAUCAAUAGUUCUCUGUGUAAACAUUAGUAUUGUUUUUUGUCCUUGUGGUGUGUCCCUUUGCUGUCUUCAGCACGCACAGAACAAAUUUCAGAAAAAAGAGAGUUUUUAAAUUUGAUCUAUGUUGGUUUUAACAUCGACUGACAUCCCUUGAAUGUCUUUUUUUGUUUUGUAAAAGCUCACAGAGGGAGCCAUUGCAUCAGGAUUUAAAUCAGCUCAUUAGAAACUUAAUAGACAUUCAUCAGUUCAACUGCACUGACAUGCAUAGAUUAAAAUAGUUGUAGUUCUCAAACAUUACGCUUAAAUCUGACAUCCUCCAAAUUUUCACAUUGGCAGUACUUGCCUGUAAGACUCUGGCCUCCAGACCUGAGUAAAGGCAGAAGGAUUGCAGCCACAUCUUCAGGCCCGUCAGGGAAAAGUUAACCUGACUAAGUGCCUGAAAGCACCUUAACAAGGUGGUACGUCCUUAACUUGUAAAAUUAGAAAAAUUUAAUUGUUUAAAUUGACUCACCAAGCAUUCCCUGUUAUGUUAUUGACCCAGUGGAUGCAAGAAAAGGAGCCUGUGCUGUUUCAGUACCAAUGCAAAAAGCUGUUAAAACAAAACAACUUGUAGUAUAGUUAAAAUUAUAUAAACUAUAAUGUAGUUGAUUGGAGAUAAAAUGGAGAUCAACUGCAAAGACUGUUACAUGAUAUGUUCUCAUCCUUUUGCAUGAGGAUCUAAGGUGGCAACUACAGACUAAAUAAUAGGGUGGCAACACAAAAGAGAAAAAACUCACACUCGGCACUGCAUCUGUCCAUGGUCCAUCAUUAUUUAUUUAUGCCUUGCUUAAUGCAGUGAUUACAAGGGUAAUGUGCUCCAUAAAUUCACCCACCUUUGUUUCUCACAGCAGGACUGGGCAAGUGAAGGGCAACCGUGUGCCACAGAGCAGACAAGAGUCUGCAGGUUUUCAUGGAAACCAAAGACAGCAGCUCAUUCUGCUGGCUGGUUCCUCAUCUCUGGUUGAAGGUUAAUCGGUGAAAUCAACACUUGUGGCCUUUGGCUGGAACUGAAAACCUGUGGACUCUCCAUGCCCUUCAUGCUUGCCUAACCCUGGUUUAGGUACAUGCAAAUGCCGCUGCAUCUGGGUGUAUUUGCACAAUUCUACCACAAGGUGGCAGCAUGAUAUAAGUCACAUAUUGGGACUGUAUCUUUAUGCUGCUGUACGUGGGUGGCACUCAAAAUCUACUUUGCUUAGGGCAUCAAACACAUUUGUUUACUUAUCAUUCAGAUGGUAUUUGCUGUUGAGUUCUUCUUGUUGCUCUCUUGUUUUCGCCUCUCUUCUCUCCUUUUCUCCCCUUUCCUCUCCUGCUGGAAUACCUCUGGAAAGCCUAACCUUGCUCGGAACCCUAGUUGGAUCACAUCCUUCCAAAAAUCAAUACAAUUUAAGUUUUUUUCCCCUAACUCAAUUCAUUUCUUUGUCACAUUUUUGACUGUCGUGCUCUCCCUUAGUUGGGUUAAUCCUUCCCUUGACUGUUUUGGAAUGUUUUUUCUGAAUGUUUUUCUUUUCAAGAAGCCAACUCCAGCACCCAGCAGAGUCUUUAGCAUACAUUCCUGGCAAGGUGGGAUCUACUAUUUGUCCCUAAUAAGUAGCAUAUUUUUGGGACCCCACACUCCAGUCUUUCUUGUUGGGGAGAAUUAUAGUAUUUGAUAAAUGACUAAACUACUCCGUUUCACAAUUCUCGAUACACUACAGUGUUGAGAAACAGCAUUUGGAUUCAGUGUGUGGACAGGGAACAAUGUGGAAAUAGUUUACGAAACGAGAUGCAGUGGAAGUGUUUGACCACCUUUGUGAGCUUGUCCUUCUGGGGUUCCUGCAGAAGAUUGGCAGUUAUGUAGCAAUACACUCAGCACAUACCACAGUGGGAAGAUUGCUCACAAAUUGCUGCAAUAUUCUUCGUAAGUCAAAUUUGAAACUGAUCUCAUGGUUUACUAUCUGAUGACAGCUCAAAUAAGACUGACCUUUAUUUGCACUUUGUCAAGCCUUUAGAGUAGCCUGUACAGUAAAUCUUAGAGCAUUAAGUUCAUGCUCUCACUAUAAUUUCAGGAUAAUUUCUUCCGUCUCGUUGCAUAGCAUUGGUUUCUGUUUAUUUCACAAAUUACCGACAAGUUGUGAUGGUGGUGGUUCACUGUUUUGUUUUGUUUUUCUUUUCUCUUUCCUUUUUUCUUUUGUUGUGCUCGAGAAUUAAAUUGAAAACUUGAACAUUUUGCUACGCAUGUUUUGGGGAGAUUUUCUAUGCAGCGUGUUUGUUACAGUCUGUUCAAAGGGCAAAAAGCUGCAUUCCAUCGAAUUACUGUAUAAACUUUAGGCUGUUUUGUAUCAAAAUGGAUAACACACAACCCAGAUUUUCCCAUGUCAUCAGAAAUGUGUGCAACCAUUUCAACUAAUGCCCGGCCUUGGCUCUGUUGCUCUCCCUCAGAGAGAGUAUCUUUUUUGGUGAAUAUUUUGUAUGCUAAAUUAUAAUUAAAGUGAACUUCAAACAA